GCGAUGCGCUCUGUUGGAGGGCAGUCUAGAGAUUCGGCGACAAGCGGCUUAUUUGAUAAGUUGCACGUUUUUUUUUUUUGUUUUCCUUCGGUUUGAGUGUAUUUUGCUUUACGUUGAAAAUGCCCGCAUUGGCUUUCAGAAAGGACCGCUCUCUGCUCUUGAGCCGUCCCGACCAGCACUUAGACCAGCCCGGCUCGGAGACACGGAGGUCCUGGGCUCUCCAGGACAUGGUGGUGACCCCGGACCGCAUCCCCCAGUUUAUAAUCCCAUCCCGCAAACUCUCUUCCUCCUCCGCGGGAUACGACCGCUCCAGGAGUCCGAGCCCGCGGCGCAACCGCCUGGCUUCGGUCCCGCUGCCGUUGAAAACACAGGCUGACCUCGGAGACCAACACGCCGCUGAUCACCGACUCUUGGAUCUUUCGGACCCGGUAACGCAGGCUGCCAUGUCGCUGCCCCAUCUGGCUAAAAUCACCACCCCGUACGGCUUCCUCGCCCUGGGCGAGAGCCCCUGCAUCUGGAGGAAGGAGUCGCUGUUUUUCGACCAGGAGAUCCGAAGGCAGGCGCUCUUUCUGGGGAAACGGGGCAGCUGCGCCACUCUGGAUGCACACACCCUCCACGCCUGCCUCCUCUCCGGCUCCACGGCAGCUCCUGGCGCCGGUUCCACCUUUCCCAGAAGCCGGUCGUCUACGCUGGCCGAACUCUGUAAUCUGUCCGAGCCGGGAACCACCGCCAGCAAGAAGACUGGUCGCUCUUUUUCUUGCGAUGCGACCGCUCUCGGCGCCCCCCGGUCCUGCCUCUGCAGCUCAGGCAGCGCUGUAGCGGAGAACCGGCCGCGCGUUACUGCUGCUUCCAGCGGCGACAAGAACACCAGCAAGCCGGUCGGGAAAGGCAAAUUACAGCAGCUGAUUAAUGAGCACCUGUCCGCUAUCCGGAGGCUCAAACCCGGUUCUCCGUUUCUGAAAAAGUCGCAGGAAAGACGGAGGGUGCCAAAAAUACUGUAACCGGCAGACACGUGUAAUGAUAAUAUAAUACCAGGGGACAAGAAAGCGUCAUCUUAUUAGAUUGUUACAACUGGACCAGACAGCUGGAGUCCUGCCUUCGUGCGCAAUGCGUGCUCUGUGUGUCAGAUCUCAUAGGAUUGAGACCGGAUCUCACGACCGGUUCUGUAUCAAGACAGAUGUGGGUCAUUUUAUUAUAAAAUUAGCACAAGCCUUAAUUGAUUCGGACCAGCCUCGUACUGCUGUAGCGUUAUGUGGCUUAAACUUGUAACUUUGAUUUGAUUUAAACUGUGGGGUGUUUGUAUAGAACUGUAUAACUGCUCAUGUUUGUAAGCUUCAGGGAUCCUUUUUUUGUCGACACUGCUCUGUACUGUAGUGAACUCGACAGGCGAUGCGCGCACCGGACCCUGCUGCUCCGUGGACUCGAGUGCGCGCAUCUGGAAAGUCUUGCUGGAUUUCUAAACAGAAUCGUCAUUCCUUAUUUGAUCCUUCAGCACUCCAGAUGUGACGCGUCGAACUUGAAUCGAAUGGUUGGGAUCCUAGAACGAUUAAGUGGAACACGGAUCUCGGCUCGGAUUUAUCAAGGAACGUUUCUGACAACAAUAAUCGAUUGUUCUUAUCAUUAAACAAAAUAUGUUGACAUGUUGAUAUAUGUAUAUAGUGCUUGAAAUAUGAAAAUAAAAG